AUGAACUUAUUGCCAAGUGGAAUAUGUUUUUAUUUAUCUGUAGCAAUCUGCUGGCUGACAGCCGAGGUCGAUGCGUCCUGGUGGUACAUGGGCACGCUGGGCUCCCAGAUGAUGUGCGACAACAUCCCCGGUCUGGUGAACAAGCAGCGCCAGCUGUGCCGCCAGCACCCCAAAGUGAUGCAGGCCAUCGGGGCCGGCAUGAAGGACUGGAUCUCAGAGUGCCAGCACCAGUUCCGCAACCACCGCUGGAACUGCAACACCACAGCCCGGGACCACAACCUGUUCGGACGCCUGCUGCUGCGCAGCAGCCGCGAGGUGGCCUUCAUGUACGCCAUCUCCUCGGCCGGUGUGGUUUACACGCUGGCUCGCGCCUGCAGCCAGGGCGAGCUGGACUCCUGCUCCUGCGAUCCCACCAAGAAGGGCUCGUCCCGGGACGCCAAAGGCUCUUUUGACUGGGGCGGCUGCAGCGACCACGUGGAGCACGCCAUGCGCUUCAGCCAGGGCUUCGUGGACGCCAAGGAGAGGAAGGAGAGAGACGCCCGGGCGCUCAUGAACCUGCACAACAACAGAGCGGGCAGGAAGGCGGUGAAGCGCUUCAUGACCCUGGAGUGUAAGUGUCACGGGGUCAGCGGCUCGUGCAGCGUGCGGACCUGCUGGCUCGCCAUGGCCGACUUCAGACGCACGGGCGACCACCUCCGCAAGAGGUACAACGGCGCCGUGCAGGUGGCCGUCAACCAGACGGCACCGGCUUCACUGCCCGCACACACACACUUCAAACGGCCCAGCAAGAAUGACCUGGUGUACCUGGAGGACUCGCCGGACUACUGCAUACGGGACCCACGAGUCAGGUCAUUGUGUGCUGCUGGCAACUUCUGCAACCGAAUCUCCUGCGUGAUCGUUGCACGCAGCCGCGAGGUGGCCUUCAUGUACGCCAUCUCCUCGGCUGGUGUGGUUUACACGCUGGCUCGCGCCUGCAGCCAGGGCGAGCUGGACUCCUGCUCCUGCGAUCCCACCAAGAAGGGCUCGUCCCGGGACGCCAAAGGCUCUUUUGACUGGGGCGGCUGCAGCGACCACGUGGAGCACGCCAUGCGCUUCAGCCAGGGCUUCGUGGACGCCAAGGAGAGGAAGGAGAGAGACGCCCGGGCGCUCAUGAACCUGCACAACAACAGAGCGGGCAGGAAGGCGGUGAAGCGCUUCAUGACCCUGGAGUGUAAGUGUCACGGGGUCAGCGGCUCGUGCAGCGUGCGGACCUGCUGGCUCGCCAUGGCCGACUUCAGACGCACGGGCGACCACCUCCGCAAGAGGUACAACGGCGCCGUGCAGGUGGCCGUCAACCAGUACGGGACCGGCUUCACCGCCGCCCACACACACUUCAAACGGCCCAGCAAGAACGACCUGGUGUACCUGGAGGACUCGCCGGACUACUGCAUACGGGACCACGAGUCAGGCUCGGUGGGGACGGGGGGGCGUGUCUGUAACAGGACGUCCCGCGGCGUGGACGGCUGCGAGGUGAUGUGCUGCGGUCGAGGCUACGACACGUCGCGGGUCAGCCGGACCACCAAGUGCGAGUGCAAGUUCCAGUGGUGCUGCGCCGUGCACUGCCGGGACUGUCACCAGCAGGUGGACGUGCACACCUGCAAGGGCCAGACGUGACGUCACCGCCCGGACUCUGAACCGGUUCAAACCUGCUGCUCUGUUCUGGGCUGGAAGUGACUUCAGAAGGACUUCAGGAGCUUCAGUAGGUGGCAGCUGGUCUCCUGUAGGUGGCGCUCUUCUCUCUGUGCAGCCGUGUCGUGUUUUCGCUGCUCAUUUCUCAGCUGUUUAAUCCAAACAACACUUUUACAGGAUGUUUCGAAAGAGCUUCCAAACCGUUAAAAAAAGCUUUCAUCCACAUGUUAUGUAGAUUAAAUGACUAACAGUAGUAAAGCUGUACAUGUAUUUGUAUAAUUAUAUCAAUCAACACAAACUAGUUCAUAACACAACUAACUUCUGCAGAGAAAAGCUGGUUCUCAGAGGC